AUGGAAAAAUCCCCCAGCCCGGAUGGGCGACAUAAAGAAACGCAUCUAACCAUGAUGACGACAUGCUUUCUCUCCCCAGCCACUCUACCAGGUCUCGCGAGAAUCCUUGGUCCUAGGUGCGUCCAGAACCGGACGGCAGGCGCACGGCAUAGACGGUGCCCGAGGACAGGCCCCUCACCGAAUCAGGCUAUCAGAAUGGCGGGCCAGCCCCCGUCCUCGCCACUCGACGUCUCGAGUGAAGACGUUUCGCGCCGAAACGGCCUACCCCCUUUUGCCGCCUCUGUGCAGCCGGUGUCUCAAGAAAUGGUCGACCAAUGGCUUCGAGACGUCGUGGAAGGUGAUGCCACGGUGCGCCUGCGCGCAGUGCUGGGAUGCAGGAACCUGUCGCCAGAGAGGGCGGCACCAAUUUUGACAAAGGUUUUCGAUAGCGGGGAGAAGGAGUUGCAGAACCGCGGCUUCGCGGCACUGUUUCUGGGGUACAAACCGAACGCGAGGAGUUUUCAACUGCUCACCGGUCUUGUCGAGUCGGAUAGGGAAAUGGAUGAAGUGCGCGCAAAUGCUGUAGCGGCUUUGGGCUAUUUGGGGGACUCAAAUGCAGUCCCGCUUUGUUUGUCGCUACUUAGAAACCCGGACACACACUGGAGCACUCGCUCAUCUUCAGCUGAUGCCAUUGGAAUUAUAGUUGAGAGAAAUCCGCAGAUAGGCUCCCUUGUGUUUGAUGAUCUACUGACAGUUUUGAGAGCGGCAAAAUCUACGGAACCCGCUCUUGUUGUCGCAUGUAUUGGAGCAUUGGGUGAAGUGCGGGAUCCCAGAUGCGUGAUAGAUAUUGCCAGCUAUCUUGACGCUGCUGACUUCACAGUGGCGCAAUGCGUCUGCGAAGCCCUUGGCAAGAUUCCCAGUGCGACGUCCGAAAAAGCGUUGGCAAAAGUAGUGGAUCAGAAGGAAGCGCACAUAAAUGUGUUGUGGUCAGCGGAAAUUGCCCUCAAGUCUGUCCGCAGGAGUUUGUUAUAGUGAACGAAUAAGGACAGCGGGUCAAUCAUCUAUAACUAUAACGCUCUGUGAUACGUUGGAGCUACGCCCUGCUGCAGCUGGUCUGGCUACUUUUUUUGCCCCUUUCCCCGGUCUCUUUCCACGCUUCUGCUGGGCGCGGAGACCAUUGCCCUUCUUUGCUAUGGGUGACCUCGUCACGGGUCGGUCCCAGGGUGAGGAAUCGUCAGACUUCCGGGCACGUUUUGCUGAUGAGAGUGCUAAAAUGCGAGUUGUCAGAAAACAAUCACCUUCGUAAAUAUCCAUGCCCUGAAGGUAAAGUCGAAGUGCCUUUGAAAAGCCUUCUGGUCCCUUACCUUCCUCUUUUCUUGCA